AUGGCUCCCCAUACUAAUAAAAAUUCUUCCACUCAUUCUCAUGAAUCAGAACCCGAGACCGAGAUUUUGAAGCUACCGCUGCCUGGGCAGACUCUCCGAGAAGGAGACCGUCAACUCCAGCUGACCGAGGUCACUAUCACCGGUAACACACCUACCAACAAGAUUUUGAAACAGCAUCUUGCACAGUAUGGGCUGCCAGUGAGCGGGAACAGAAGAGUGCUUCGAACCCGUCUCCGAGACUUCGCCAAUGAUCCCGAGCAAUGGGCGGGGUUGUUUCAGGCAAGUCGGAAGCGCAAGAGGGGCGACUACACAGGCUCCCGAGCGAACAAACACUCCUCGAAGCGGAUCGUGACCCUCUUCGGAGAGAGGGAACCUGUCGUGGAGUAUCCGAGUAAGAGGAGUGGAGAUCUACGCGUACCUCAGCCUUUGCAGCACUCUGUCGUUGCGCAUAACGACACUUGGUCUGAUGCUGUGCUUGGGGACACUGCCACCGGCAGAAGACAAGAACGAGAGCGUGCCGCAACCCCUAGUCUAGAUUCCGCGCGACCGGUUGCACCGUCAGCCAGGGAGGGCUCAACUGUUGCAAGAAAUAGCGAGAGCCCACAGGAUGCUGAUGACGUCGAGAUAGAGGGCGUAGAGGGCAUAGAACAGGAGCACCAGCUGGUUCCUAUCAGACAGGUCCGGCGUGAGUUCCACCGGUUCGAGCGAUCCAUGUUGGGCAAAAUCGCGAACGUGAUCGGUACAAGGAUCCCCCCUGCUCCGCCGCAUGUGCAGACUCUUCCUGUCUGCCAUGCUCCCAUUCUCGUCCCUUCCAGACCGGUCGUUAACAUUCAGCAGCCGACAAUUCCACGGAAUCCAAGUUCUGCGCCCCUUUAUGCCUCCAAUCUUACUCCUCUGCCGGCUCCCUCCGCGACUCCUCAAGCCGCACUUCCUCAGAAUCGCAAGGUUGUCAAUCUUGGUGGCGAAGACUUCGCGUUCGACAAGACUCAAGUGCCGGAUCCGCCCAGUAUCCACUUCUCCGACGACAUUCCGAGGCUCUUCCGAGAGUGGCACUCCUCCACCGUGCUCCGAAUUCCCAUCAACACCGGACGCGGUAUCCCCAUCAAGUACUGGGACCUCUUCUACAAGAAGAAGAGCAGUGUGCCUGGCAAGGAGAAGGCAUGGGGCCGAGUGAGGAUGGAAUGGGGGAACUGGAAGUUUAUUGUCGAGGAGCGUGACGAGCUCGGCUCCGACGACGCGUUCUGGGAGGUCUACAGCAACGAGAAUGGAGAGCGGCUGCGCUAUCAGCAAAUCCUCGACAAGCUCAAGGCAAGACGGGCGGAUCGGAGUGCUUGA